AUGGAGUCGAUGAAGAAGCUAUUGAAGCCGAAGCCGACGGCGCAGGAGCAGCUGAGGGAGUGGCAGCGGCGACUCCGCCAGGAAUGCCGCAAUAUCGAGCGCCAGAUACGAGGUGCCUGCUGCUGUGAUUCCUAUGUCCAUUCCCCUUUUUUCGUGCAAACUUGCUUCAGUUAUGGAUUCGUGGGGUUUCCAUUUUCUGGACUCUACAGAUGUGCAAAGGGAAGAGAAGAACGUCCAGAAGGCGAUCAAGGAAGCUGCGAAAAGAAAUGACAUGGGAUCCGCGAAGGUAUCCACCCUAUACAGUGCGUGCUCUUUUGUCGUUUUUCCUGAUCACGGCGACGUGUUUGUGAGAUGCAUCACCCUCUCAUACGAAUUGCUGCUUUUCCCCCCUUUUCACCCCUUUCCAGUCACUUGCUAAGGAAAUCGUGAGAUCGAGACGGACCGUGAACCGUCUUCACGAAAACAGGGCACAACUCAAUUCAAUUUCCAUGCAUCUUGGCGAAAGUGUUGGUAUGACACUUUGACCUAGAAAUUUCUUUCCAACCGGAUUACCAUCUGGAAAUUUUUGCUUCGAAUCAGUAAUUCCUUGUCGUUUUUGUGCUUUCAUAAUUGUCUUGAUUUGGAUAAAAGACUACUUUAUUUAGGUUCCCUAAUUUGAGUAGCUCAAUCAUUAAACAAGGGUUGUCUUCAUGGAUUAAUGAAAAACAUAAAUGAAUGCUAUCUUACGCUUUAUUCUUCUCCACCUGUGUGUUUCAACAUCUGUUGAAGAUAUGAAUGGAUGGCUGUUACAUGAACAAGAAAGUGAUUAAAUUACAGUGGUUUGCAUUUAUUUUAUCUAAAAAUGUAUCUAAUAAUUAUUUGAUGUUGGAAUCGUGCGCUUCAUCUGAUUCAUAUCUUGGAGUUGAUUUAUUCUCUGAAAUUUCUAACGAACAUGUGCCCUCGGUCCUUUACAAAUCUUAAUUCUAUGACAAUCUUCUGACGAAUAUCCAUCCUCUUCCUCCGUUCUAUCGACAGUAGCCAUCCCAGAUUCUCAAUGGACCCAGGAAAGAAGAAAACCAUCUAAACGGGUCAACUCUGACAUGAACGAAUCCAGUAUACGUCGUGCAUAUCCCGCUGGGGUUUUUCAUAUCAUGGCUUUCCUACUCUUGUCUCCGUGGACUUCUCUCUGCCCUGGUUCAACGAGAAACAGCGGUUCCUCAGAGCAUUCAUAUGCAGGAAUGACCUGGUUCUUUCUGCAACAUGUGAAGGGAAAUUAACCCUCCCUUUUGGGGAAAGAAUAUUCAUCCGAAAGUGAGAGAUUAACACCAUAUUUCUCUCGGUGGAGAAGCCCUAUUAUGGCCCAUUCCUUGCCCUUUUUGGCGGAAAUUAUAUGGUUUCAUCCAUUUAUGAAUUGGGUAUCCAUACCAAAGUUGGGAUUAUUUUCUUCAGUUGGCAGGCUGAACGGCCGACCCCCGUGUCUUCUUGCUUGCUAUCUGAGCUGAUUGGAGAUUAACAGCAAGUGAUGUGCUUCUGAAUAGUUUGGUUCUAUGUAGAGAGGAUUAUAUUAACAAGGUUUUGGGUGGUUUUCCAACGUCUAACAUAUAUAAUUUUUUAAAUUCCUACUCGUUGAUGAAUCUCGUGUUGACUCUAAGCCACAACUGUUGACCCAAUUGCCAGCUACGGCCCGGACGGUGGGGCAUCUGUCCAAGAGCGCCGAGGUCAUGAAGCUCGUGAAUGGCCUGAUGAGGGCCCCCGAGGUGGCCAUGACCAUCCAAGAGCUCGGCAAAGAGAUGACGAAGGUAUUUGCUCUCUGCUUGAGAACUCUGCUGAUUUACCUUGUCAGGCAUCUCCAGGUUCUGAGGAUCUUCUGGCAUUUUCUAGGCGGGGGUGAUUGAGGAGAUGGUCAAUGAUGCCGUUGACAUGGCCCUCGACUCGGAGGACAUGGAGGAGGAGAUCGAGGAGGAGGUGGAUAAGGUCCUUGCUGCCAUUGCCGGCGAGACAGUUGCCCAGUUGCCGGAUGCAGUGAGGAAGGAGAGACUGAAGCAGCCUGCACAGCAGGCCGAAGCUGCAGUGGUACUCCUACAACCUUUGACAUUAACUCUAAACUUUGUCCCUUACCAAGACGUUGGUCUCUCUUACUCUCUCUCUCUCUCUCUCUCGCUCUCUCUCUACUUCAGCCGGAGGCUUUGGCGGAGGGUGUAGAUGACGAUGAAGAGCUAGAUGCCAUAAGGGCGCGGUUGGCAAGAGUGAGGUCAUAG